CUCCCUGGCGGUCCCGGUGCCCGACUCUGGCGCCGGCGCUGGCCUCCUCCGCCCGCACACUCUGGGCCCGGCUGCAGGCAUGGCGGCCAGUCUGUGGAUGGGCGACCUGGAGCCCUACAUGGAUGAGAAUUUCAUCUCCAGAGCCUUUGCCACUAUGGGGGAGACCGUGAUGAGCGUCAAAAUUAUCCGAAACCGCCUGACUGGAAUCCCAGCUGGCUACUGUUUUGUAGAAUUUGCAGAUUUGGCCACAGCCGAGAAGUGUUUGCAUAAAAUUAAUGGGAAACCCCUGCCAGGAGCCACACCUGCAAAACGUUUUAAACUAAACUACGCCACUUAUGGGAAACAACCAGAUAACAGCCCUGAGUACUCCCUCUUUGUGGGGGACCUGACCCCAGAUGUGGAUGAUGGCAUGCUGUAUGAAUUCUUCGUCAAAGUCUACCCCUCCUGUCGGGGAGGCAAGGUGGUUUUGGACCAGACGGGCGUGUCGAAGGGCUAUGGUUUUGUGAAAUUCACAGAUGAACUGGAACAGAAGCGAGCUCUGACCGAGUGCCAGGGAGCAGUUGGCCUGGGAUCGAAACCUGUGCGGCUGAGUGUGGCAAUCCCCAAAGCGAGCCGUGUGAAGCCAGUGGAGUACAGUCAGAUGUACAGUUACAGCUACAACCAGUAUUACCAGCAGUACCAGAACUACUAUGCCCAGUGGGGCUAUGACCAGAACACAGGCAGCUACAGCUACAGCUACCCCCAGUACGGCUACACGCAGAGCACCAUGCAGACGUAUGAAGAAGUCGGGGAUGACGCCUUGGAAGACCCCAUGCCACAGCUGGACGUGCUGGAGGCCAACAAGGAGUUCAUGGAGCAGAGUGAGGAGCUAUACGACGCCUUGAUGGACUGUCACUGGCAGCCCCUGGACACCGUAUCCUCGGAGAUCCCCGCCAUGAUCUAGUCGGGACAGAGGGGCCGCUGAAACAGACUGUGAUGGAGAGAGACUCCUUUUUUAACAAAAGUGUUGGAAGAACUUUUACCUUUUUGGAAAUGUUUUGUAAAGAUUUUAGUAAUCAACUCUUGAGAUUAUGACCAUUCCUGCACCACCACUGCCUUCCUUUGCCCAUCAGCCUUCGGAGUUUGAAAACCACAGGGCCAUUGAGCAAGGUUUUAAAUGUCUUUGAAAUGGGUCUUCCAGGUAGGGAUGUUACCCCCACUUGGGAGAUGAGAGUUUGGGGUUAUUAAAGUGGAUCAUAGAUUUACUCAACCCAGAGGGCCAUCUCAGGUGACCCUGCAUCCUUAAAAGGUUCUCUGGGGUCAGAGUGCAUGGAUCACGUGCUAAGUGCCAAGUGGGGGCAAUGUGGACCCUCCAUUUCAAGCAUCCCUUCACCCAACAAGUUUGGUUUUAGGUUUUGUAGCUGCGUGUGGUAGGAUGUGAUGGAACCAGCGACACCUAGACCAAAAGGCUCAGAGGACAAGCCUAGCUUUAAUAAGCCCUUGUUUGCGGACAUUAUUGUGCUAUCUGUGUACCUGGGUCCACCUGUUUGUCCUUUAUUUCCUUCUGUAAGUAUGAACACCAAGUAUCUCUA